CAUCUAUUUAAACCCAUUGUUCCAUGUAUAUUUCAAUUCUCAAACAAAUAAUCAAAAUGAGAAAGAUUCACUUGUUCAGCUACUUAACACUUUUCUUGAUUCAAAUUGCAUUGAGUUUCAAGAAAGGUUCAUCUGCACCUGAAGAUGCUCUUGUUACACAUAUUCCUGGUUUUCAUGGCAGCUUUCCUUCCAAACACCACUCUGGGUAUGUGACAAUUGAUGAAACUUAUGGGAAGAAAUUGUUCUACUACUUUGUUGAGUCUGAAAGGAAUCCAAACAAAGAUCCUGUUGUUCUCUGGCUUAAUGGUGGUCCGGGUUGCUCUAGCUUUGAUGGGUUUGUUUAUGAGCAUGGUCCCUUCAAUUUCGAGGCGGGAAAGCCACGCGGUAGCCUUCCCACCCUGCAUCUCAAUCCAUACAGCUGGACCAAGGUAUCUAGCAUCAUAUAUUUAGAUUCCCCUGCUGGUGUCGGAUUAUCUUACUCCAGAAACGAAUCCGACUACGUAACAGGAGAUUUAAAAACUGCUUUCGACUCCCAUUUAUUUCUCCUCAAGUGGUUUGAGCUCUACCCGGAAUUCCUAUCCAACCCGUUUUACAUAUCCGGAGAAUCGUAUGCUGGAAUUUAUGUCCCGACUUUGGCUUAUGAAGUGGCUAAUGGAAUUGACGCUGGUGUGAAGCCCAUUCUAAACCUUAAGGGGUAUAUGGUGGGAAAUGGAGUCACAGACGAUGUGUUUGACGGAAAUGCCCUUGUACCGUUUGCACAUGGAAUGGGUCUUAUUUCCGAUGAACUUUUUGAGGCAGUUAAUGCUGAAUGUAAUGGUAACUACUACAACCCGAUAAACGAAAAUUGUGAAAGCAAGCUCGCGAAAGUUGAUAGGGAAGUUGAUGAUUUAAAUAUAUACGACAUUCUAGAGCCGUGCUAUCACGGGUCGUCGAGUAUAAUUCAACUCGAGAAUACAAAAGUUCCGUUAAGCUUUAGGAGAUUAGGUGAGAGUAGUGAGAGACCGUUAGCUGUUAGAAAAAGAAUGUUCGGACGUGCUUGGCCUCUUAGAGCUCCUGUAAAAGACGGUUACGUCCCUUCUUGGCCUCAACUUCUCAACGGCGAAAAUGUUCCGUGCACUGAUGAUGAAGUUGCAGAUGCGUGGCUGAACAACGAAGCGGUUAGGAAAGCAAUUCAUGCUGACAGUGCGAAUGUAGCCGGUAAGUGGGACCUAUGCACGGACAGAAUAUCCUUCUAUCACGAUGCCGGGAGCAUGAUCAAGUAUCACAAGAACCUCACUUCACGCGGCUAUCGAGCCCUCAUUUUUAGUGGGGACCACGAUAUGUGUGUCCCGUUUACGGGAACUCAAGCUUGGACAAGAUCCAUUGGUUAUAAAACCGUAGAUGAGUGGAGGCCUUGGACCAUCAAAGACCAAGUUGCCGGGUACACUCAAGGUUACGAAAACGGUCUAACGUUUCUCACCGUAAAGGGAUCUGGGCAUACGGUACCGGAAUACAAACCACGCGAGGCAUUGCAGUUCUAUACUCGUUGGCUCGAAGGCCAAAGAAUUUGAAACUAUAAACGAUGAAAUAUCUAAAAUUGUAGUUGUUUUGUUUAUUCUCGUUUCGAGUUUCUGAUUCUUCACAGACGAUCGAAGACGAUGACUUGAGUUAUCGAAAGACCGAGGGAGAUAAAUAUAUUUUCCAUGAUUAAGAUAUGGAUCUAAUAUAGAUACUUGUGGAACAAAAGAAUGCUGCAUUUUGCUUUCACGAUUAUAGUCAAAUAAAUAUUUCCUCUUUCAUAUUAA